AUGUCUGGCUUUGUAAGAAGAAAACGAGUCACUGAUCCGCUUGACGACGACGCAAAAGCUCGACUCGUUGGGAAUCAACUCAGUUACGUUAGCACCAGUAGCGAACAAUCUGCUGAUAUUGACGAUGACUCACCUUGCUUAUCUGAGCUCGUUCACAGCUUCCUCGAUGGAGAUUAUGAGACUCGGUCUUCAUGCAGUUACGACUCGGAUUCUGAGCGAGUUGACUCAAAAUCAGAAUUUACGGAGUUAGCUGAAGUUAUUUUGAGAUCAUUCGAAACGGAUUCAUACAGGAAUCUGUUAUUCUCCCACGUUUUAAAAGCAAUGGAAAUGCAAUACAUAUGGAGAGAUCAAAAACCUGUAUUCCGACGCAAAGUGACGUCGUUUUUGCAACAGUUAGGGCACAAUGCAGCUGUAUGCAAAACCAAAUGGGACUCCUCAACCUCAGGUGGAGCAAGCGGCGGAAGCUACGAGUUCAUCGACGUCGUCGUUUUACCUACUUCUCAAAUCCGUUACGUCAUCGACCUCGAGUUCGCCGCAGAGUUCGAGAUCGCAAGGCCUACAAAUAACUAUCUAAAACUGCUGCAGUCUCUGCCCAAAGUUUUCGUCGGAAAAAAUGAAGAUGUGAAGAAGAUUAUUAAGGUUAUUAGCGACGCGGCUAAGAGAUCUUUGAAGAGUCGAAAUCUUUCGCUUCCUCCGUGGAGAAAAAACCGUUACAUGCAAAAUAAAUGGCUCGCUCCCUGCCGUCGGAUCACCAGUUAUGAAUCCGGUAAGGCGGCCGUCGUCGGAUCACAUUUUAAUGGAGUCAAAUGUCGUCUUGUAGGGUUUCAUGAGGGGGUUGAUAGGAGUUUAUUUGUCCGUACCAGAUAA